CUCAACAGUGAAAUAGUAAGCUCUUAAUUACAUAUAAUCAGUGACAGGCCGGCUUAUUGCCGUGUUUACUCAUUAGAGGUCACGUCAAUGCCCUAAUUGAAUUCAAUAAAUAAGACUUGUGAUUGUGUCUCCUAUGUUUACAUUGUUUUGGUAAUAAGAUAGAUUGUAUGGACAUCCUUGAACAAUAUGUAUUUGUUGUUACAGUAACUUUGGUUCGUGUGGAUAACUUGUAACUGUAACUUAUAAACAUGGCAUUGGCUUUGAAUUGAUCACAAUUUUCCCUAUGUACCUAGGGUACAUGUACACAGGGAAAAUUAAUUUAGUAUCUUCUAUAUGCAAUUUUCCUUAUUGUAUUUACCUGGCAACGCAUAAAAGAUUUUUUCAUUGUCUGGUAUCCCAUUGCUGAGCAAAAGCCACUGGCCUGCUUCACAAGAAAAUUAUGCUAAAAGCCUAUAUUAUGUUAGGAGACUAACCAUGAAAACGCUAUCGUCACGUCGCGAUACGUCACGUCUAGUUAUCAGGCAAUCUAUGACUCACUCACACACAACAAGCUUAGCAAAAUACAAGCGCCUUUGUUAUUGUCGUUUGAGAAAAAACAGAGAAUUGGAAAUUCUAACAAUGGAUACAGUGAAUAUAUUGAAGGCGGAAGGUUUCAAGUUUCCAACCUUGAAGGAGUCUGAUGCAAUGUUCUCAGCAGACACUGCACCAGAAUGGGCCGACGGGGAAGUGUGUCACAGAUGUCGCACUGCAUUCACGUUGAUGGUGCGCCGGCACCACUGUCGCGCCUGCGGUCAAGUUUUCUGUCAGCAGUGUAGCUCCAAAACAUCCACCCUGCCCAAGUUUGGAAUUGAGAAGGAGGUUAGAGUUUGUGAUGCCUGUUAUGACAAAGUGAGUCGUCCACCUUCCUCCUCAGCCAAAUUGGAGAUCAUUGACACCUCUAGUGACUAUGGACCUACCCAACCUCAGAAGCGUCCCCCUGGAAGUAAAACUGAAGAGGAACUUAGAGAGGAAGAGGAAUUGCAGCUAGCCCUCGCUCUCAGCCAAUCAGAGGCUGAACACAAAGAGAAAGAACGGAAAUCUCGCUCGCACAUUGCGCCGGAACCCGCUCAUCAUCCUACCUUAUCGCCAUCGCCGUCGUCAGUGAGCGCGUCCCCGGACCACAGCGUGCAGGCGUCGUCGGAGCUGUCGCGGUACCUCGACAGAAACUACUGGGAACAGCGGCUGUCGCGCGACUCCGCCGCCCCCGCCGCCCCCACCGCCCCCGCACCAUCCUCCAUCGCCUCGCAGGACAAUGAUUCUGACUACACAAAACCUAACAGCAAAACCGUCGAGGAAGAUGCAGAGGACAAAGAAAUAGAUGAGUUUGUGGAGACUCUCAAAUCGCAGAUUGAAAUAUUUGUCAAUAGGAUGAAAAGCAAUUCAUCUCGUGGACGUUCUAUCGCCAAUGAUACCUCAGUGCAGACAUUGUUUAUGAAUAUAACCGCGAUGCACUCACGACUACUGCGGUACAUACAACAGCAGGACGAUAAGAGAGUCUACUUGGAGAGUUUACAGGACAAAGUGACGCAGGUCCGCGACAGCCGCGCGGCGCUGGACACGCUGCGUGCCGAGCACGCUGCCAGGCUCGCGGCGCAGGCCGAGGCGGUGGAUCGCCAGCGACAGAUGCAGAUGGCCGCCAAGCUGCAGGCCAUGAGGAAGAAGAAGCACGAGUAUCUGCAGUACCAGAGGCAGCUUGCCUUGCAGCGCGUGCAGGAGCAAGAAAGAGAAAUGCAGAUGAGACAAGAACAACAAAAACACCAAUAUAUGAUGUCUGCAAAUACCGGAUACUACAUGCCCGGAGUCACCAUGCCGCAAUACCAACCCAACUAUCCCAACCCCAUGUACGCCAACCCACAGUUCCACCAAAUGAUGCCGCAGUCCACCACUGAUGGAUCCAUUACUCUGCCUGGGCAACCGCAGAUGUCCCAAGCCAAUAUGCCAAUUAAUGUUAACCAGCUGGGCCAGAUGUCUCAGUCGAUACCACAAAUGACCAACACAUUUGCCAUGACAACAUCCGGAAUGGCCAUCAGCCAAGCUCCAGGAGUCCAAACCAUGAACCAGGGCAACAUCCGGCCAAACCAAUCGAUACCAUUGCAACAACAAAUGCUCAUGCAACAAAUGCAUCAGAUGAGGAUGCCCGUCCAAACGGGAGUGCACCAAAUUAUGUCGCAGAACAUGCCCAACGGUCUCGCUGGGCAGAACUUGGCUCAACAGAAUGGGCAAACCAACUUGCUGAAACAGAACCAGUCUAUGGUGCCGUCCAUUCCUGGCCAGCAUAAUUUGAACCAACAGAUGAUGAAUCCUAGCAAUCCCUUGCUGAUGCAAAUGCAGAACUUGAGGAUGUCGAUGAUGCAAGGGAACCAAUCCAAUCCUAGUCAGCAAAUGCAGGGUUAUCCCGGGAUGCAGCAACCUUCUCAGUUGAUGCCGGGACAAAUUCCAGCGCAAGCUCAGAGCAUGACUCUACCGACUCACAUUCCCUCUACGAAUCAAAAUGUGCCUCAAGGACAAGUGCCUGUGAGCCAUAACCAGCAAAUGCCUCAGCAGCAAGCCCAAAUGGCCCAACAAAUGGCCAUGCCGGGACAGAGCAUGCAACCGCCGGGGCAAAUGAUACCGGGGCAACAGCCGCCGGGGCAGAUGAUGCCGAACCAGCAAAUGGUACAGAGCCAGAAUAUUCAACAAAACCAAAUGGGGCAAAUGCCCCAACCGCCAAACCAAAUACCCGGCCAACAGGGGCAGGUGCCCCAUCAGAUGCAAGCGGUGCCCCCGCAAGCCGCGCAGGUGCACGCCCAAAUAUCUCAGGGACACAACCUGCCUCAAGGGCAACAAAUGCCGCAAGGCCCACCUAUGCCGCAAGGACAACCAAUGCCGCAAAACCAGCAAAUGGCGCAGGGCCAGCCAAUGCCACAAGGACAACCGAUACCGCAAGGUCAACAAAUACCGCAGGGACAACCGAUGCCACAAGGUCAAAUACCACCGGGGCAGCAACUGGCCCAAGGUAACAUGGUUCAAGGUCAACAGCCUCAAGGUCUAUCGGGAGCCCCAAAGCUGCAACCUUCGCAAGGCUUCAUCAAUGGCGUCCCAGGAGCACAGCCAUCGCCCAGCCAGCAACAACAACCACAGACUCCCGUUAAAUCUGAACACAAUAACAACACGGCAGAAUUGAUAAGUUUCGAUUGAAAUCUUGCGUGUACGUUAUAAUGGAGAGAUCGUUUUAUUCAAACUGACUGUUAAUCUUAUAAUAGGUACUGUAGGUAUGUAAUACAAAAGGAUUCGCAAUAAUUAUGCAAAUUAGAAAUUGUGCAAGUUGUAUGAAUUUUUAGACAAUUGCAAAUACGAGCGGCGGGUGAAGCAGUUUUUUAGCACAUUGCUUGCUAUGCUUUAAACAAUAAUAAUUUGACAUUGUAAAGCUAGCCGUGAAUAGAUAAAUUGCUGAUUGAAUCGCUCGCCAAUCAUAAAUCAAUAUAGAGAAGUCAAAUCGAAACAUGUAUAAAGAAAAUGGUAUCUUGAUUUUUUUUAUAUAAAGGUUACAUGCUUUUUUGUCACGAGUGAUUAACAAUUAUUUAUAUACGAUUAUAAUAACAUACAGUAGGUGCAGAUCUAUAUGUAGCUAUCAUCAUCACAUGACAUACGUACAGCUUCUUAUUUCAUUUUGCGGUAACCAUUUUAGUUAUUAUGGCACCUCUCUUUGGUCAUUUUUAUGUAGCUUCAAGGAUUUAUUGUCUUAUAGCGACAGAGUUCACUUUGUAUUAUGUAUGUAUGUAGUAUUCACAAUAUAUGUUCUUCCUCAUAAGAGUUUACUAGGUCCGUACUUUGACGUGGAUUCUUAACUACACAAACUCUGUCUUACGCCGACAUAGUGACUAAUAAUAAUAGACAUCGUGACUUCAUCUAUUUCACACAUACAAGGAAGACAAACGCGUAUUAGAAAUUUAUCUAUCAGGCAGUCUACCGCGAUCUGUAGGCGAUUGGAUUAUUUAAUUGGAUUAGUUUAUAUUCAGUAGUCAGUAAUCUUAUAAACAUAUUACGCACAUUAAUGACCAGUCACCACAUGUUAUUUGAUUUUGAUAAAAAAUAACUACCUUUUAUUAUAGUAGAAUACUAAUUAACAAAGAUAUCGUUUAGGAAAAGAAGACCAACUAGAGGAGCCUUUUUAGUUAUUACCUUGUAAUCUAUGUAAAUGAAAACAUAUAUGUAAAAUUGCUUCGUUCAUAGUGUAUUAUUUAAUAUUAGAAAAGGUAAUAAAUUCAAAAUAUUUUUAUUUUUGUCAUUGCUGAACAAUUGUUACGUUAAUUUUUAUAAGUUGUAUCAUUAUUGUAUGAUAACAAUAAAGUUUUAAAAAUAAUGAA